CAGAGCGAGAGAAAGUGGGUGUGUAUGAGAGGGAGCAUUACUAUGUGAAUACCUGCUACGCACUGAGGGCUUGGUAAAAUACACACUCGUUCGCGCACAAGUCGUACGCGCGCGCAUUCACACGCACACGUUUACAGACGCUGAAGGCGCUGUCAGUGAACCUGCGGGUUCAUGUCACUCUGAUUUCAUCAAGGAAGAGGAAUACUGAAGGAAGAGAUCACGGGGGGAAUAUCAGCGACAGCCAUGGCUUUCGCGACCGUGUGGAACUACUGCGUCCCUCUCACCAUCAUCACAGUAGCCUGCUUGGUGCGCACUGCCCAUUGUCAGGCAGUGCAGGCGGAGAAUGUGACAGUCUUGGAGGGAGGUACGGCCCAGAUCUCCUGCCGCCUGCAGAACUACGAUGGAUCAAUCGUGGUCAUCCAGAAUCCCCGCCGACAGACCCUCUUCUUCAAUGGCACGCGAGCCCUGAAGGAUGACCGUUUCCAGAUGGUGCUCUUCACGCCACGGCUGGUGCGCAUCACGUUGACCAACGUCAGCGUGUGGGAUGAGGGCGGCUACUUCUGCCAGCUCUACACAGAUGCUACACACCACCAAGUGGCAACACUGUCUGUUUUGGUGCCCCCGGAGACGCCCGCGGUGGAGGUGAAGCAGGAGGCGGUGGAGGGCGGCGAGGUGGAGCUCACCUGUGUGUCGCCACGCAGCAAGCCGGCCGCCACCCUGCGCUGGAUUCGUAAUGGCCGGGAAAUACCAGGUGUGGUAUCCCAGCAGGACAAUGGUAAGACGUUCAGUGUGUCCAGCACCAUCCGAAUCCCGGUAGAAAGGAAAGACAACGGGGCAGCACUGAGCUGCGAGGCAUUCCACCCGGCACUCAGCGGGCAGAAGAGGAUUCGACACUAUCGCUUGGAUGUGUAUUUUGCACCUACAGUUAGAAUUGUUCCUCCUUCUGGCAUUUUGCGAGAGGGCGACUCGCUGAGUCUCACCUGCUCCGUCACUGGGAACCCUCUGCCGAGGAACAUUCAGUGGUCUAAGAUUAAUGACACCUUACCUGAGAGGGCAGAGAUUUCUGGCCCUACCUUUCAGAUUUCCCGUCUCAGCCAAUCACACAACGGGACGUACUUGUGCCAGGCCCAGAACAACUACGGACGCGCUGCUGAUCAUUAUGCCCUAUUGGUGUAUGAGAAUGUGUCAGUCACUACCACGGUCCCUCCCACUCCUACCACCCAUCCAAUCACCUCCCAUCCCACCACCCCAACCCUCCUAACACCCAGCUUCGCCCCGGACCCAAAAGAUCCUGGUGCAGUGGUAGAAACUCACAGUGCAGUACCAUAUGCAGUGAUAGGUGGAGUUCUGGCACUGCUGGUUUUCACCAUCAUCUGUGUCCUCAUUGUCACCAUCUGGUGCUCUGUCCGACAGAAAGGCUCGUACCGUACCCGAGAGCCUAUUCUUGCUUGGUAUUGACCUAACAAUCAGUUAACUAAUGAAUUAAUCAGUUACAGGUUCCUAUCUUACCCAUGAGGCCAGUGGGUUGGAUGAACACGGUGAGGUGCAGGAGGCCUUUCUCAAUGGGAACGACGCCAGCCAGGGCAAGAAGGAGUACCUACUGUAGCCCUUCUCCUUCCCUAUUCCCUUCUAUUCUGACCUCAUCCCUCUAUCUCUUACUCUCCCUGUAUUUCACCUUAUAUACAGUAUACACACAUACACUUACAUAUACAACACGCCAUUACAGGCGGCCUUCCGAAAACGACUGUAUACAGAUACUGCACAUAGCCGAUCCAUCCCACUCCAUUCCACUCCCUACCCUCCUUAGACACACACCCAGAGACAGACUCAGAAAAAUAGAGCCUAUAGACCCACCAGCCAUUAACGACUGUGCCAUAUACUGUAAGUCGGAGAAACUGGGGAAAAUGUAGAGAGCGAGGGGGAUGGGUGAGGUGAAAGUAGACAAAAACUACAUGAUGCCAUAAUUAUUUUGAUCGAGAGGGAAGUGGGGAGCACAAAGAAAACAGGCACUCUGCAGUCGCCAAAGUGGAAGGGGAAUUAGAGGCGGGUGACUGCUAUAAUUCCAUUCCUGGAGAAAAACAUCCAUUUCACAAUGCUCAAUCUUUAACUGGCGGACAAAGUGUGAGCAGUGGUGGUGGUGUUGGCGGGGGGGGAGUUGACCAGGAGCUAUUGAGCGGUAGACGCUAGAAAAUUAAAAUUUUUGCAAUUGCCAAAGUAUCUUGCCCACAGAGCGCAACUCAAUAAACAAUAAAUAAUUCCCUAACAACACUGGAGGUGUCCAUACUAUAUGAACAGGCUAACUGUCCUGUUUUCUAUCCCUGUUGGGUGGCCUGCCAAUAAUUUUGGCUGGAAAAAUUACCCCCCCCCCCCCCCCCCCCCCCCCUCGCUGCAACAGUGAGGAAAAUGCAGUUCUCUUUCCUUGUAACUAUCGCCCCCUUUCUCUCUGUUCACCUGUUACCAUCCUCUCCCCUCUCCCUUAUAUCUCUCUUUCUCUCUGUCUGUCCCCCUCUAUCGCUCCUCCUUUGUUGGCUCCUAAUAAUGAAAGGAUUAGUAUUGGGCUGUGUUCCCGACAAAGAAGAAAGGAAUAUGACUUGCUAAGGCAUUAAAUAAAAGCGUAAUUAUUUUAAAAUGUCAUUAAGAGGAUAAAAAAAAGGUUUAAAAGUCUUAAUAAGUAGGACAAGGGGAGUGAUAGCAAAAGGAAUGAAUGAGAAAUAAAUGGAUGGAUAUUUUUCUGAAUGAUACCACACAUAUGCAGAUACACACGCACAUUCAUACAUACAGUAAACAUGUUGACAGAACAAGUAUACAUAUCUUUGAAUUCCUUAUUUGUAUAAAAAAGAACAGCAACAUAAAGUAAAGGAAACUUUUAAGAAUUAAGAAAAAAGUUUACUAUUGAAACGCAUUAUGAAGCAACUAUACUAACACAGAAUAUUAGCCUAUAGAGGUGAAAAGCCGAACAAACUACUGUCCAGUGAACUUUAAAGAAAAUAAAGAAAAGAAUAAAAAAAAUCAUUUGUCUUUAUGAUAAACCAGAGGUCUUAUUGCUUUUUUAUUAAUUAUUAUUAUUUGAACAAUUAUGAUUGUUGUUAAUGUUAUUAUUAUUGCCGUUGUUAUUAUUACAAUUGUAAAUGUUAAAGAAAUGUACACUUCCCAUGGUUUGUUUUUUGUUUGACUGUAGAGAAAUUGCUGUCUUUUUUCACUCUUACCUUUCCUCUCUUUCCCAGUCUUUCUCUCUCUUCGUCUCCUGUGCCUAGUCGUCUCUUCUCCUGUCUUUCACUCUUGUUUAUUUUAGAGUCCAUGUGUCAUUGUUGAUAUAUAGCUAACUAUUUCUUUAUAGGGGAAAGAUACAAAGCACGACAAAAUAAAAAAGAAUUCAAAAAUAA